AUGGCCUGGGGGCUGCUCAGCACCGCCAGCCUGGCGCACUUCUGCCAGAAGCUGAACCGGCUGAAGACACUGGAGGAGCCCACCACAGAGACACUGCCGCGGCGCCGCCUGACCACGCUGGACCUGACCUUUCAAGGUGUGGGUGCCUCCAUGGGCUUUGGCCUCUACGUGCUCACAGGCAUUGUGGCCAAGUGGAUGGCUGGCCCUGCGGUGCUUGUGUCCUUCAGCGUGACCACCAUGGCCUCCCUGCUCACAGCCCUCUGCUACGCGGAGCUUGCAGUGCGGGUGCCCUGCAGGGGCUCUGGCUACCUCUUCACCUAUGUGUUCCUGGGUGAGCUGUGGGCCUUCCUCAUUGGCUGGACUGUGUUCAUCCAGUGGCUCAUUGGUGGAGCUCUCAUGGCCCGCGUCUGGAGCAGCUACCUGGAUGCCAUGCUUAGCCAUAGCAUCCGCAGCUUCAUCGAGGCCCAUGUGGGCAUCUGGCAGGUGCCCAUCCUGGCCCGGUACCCAGACUUCAUGGCUGCUGGCAUCAUACUUUUGGUGUUGGCUUUCGUCUCCUGUGGAGCUCGUGUCUCUUCCUGGCUCAACCGCACCUUCUCUGCCAUCAGCCUGGUCAUCAUCCUCUUCAUCAUCAGCCUGGGGUUUGUCCUGGCCCACCCGCACAACUGGAGCGCUGAGGAGGGUGGCUUUGCACCCUUCGGAGUCUCUGGCAUCAUGACUGGUGCCGCCACCUGCUUCUAUGCCUUUGCGGGCUUUGCUGCCAUUGCUGCCUCCAGCGAGGAGGCCCAGAACCCAAAGCAAGCAGUGCCUAUGGCCAUCGCCAUCUCAGCUGGUCUGGUGGCUGGUAGCAACAUCCUCGUCUCCACAGUCCUCACCCUCAUGGUGCCCUGGCAAAGCCUGGACACUGACCGGGCACUCGCUGAUGCCUUCCACCAGCGGGGCUAUAGCUGGGCGGGUGUCAUUGUUGCGGCUGGUGCAAUCUGUGCCAUAACUACUCUCCUGCUCAACAUCCUCCUGCUUGUGCCAUGCAUGGUCUGUGCCAUGGCUGCCGAUGGGCUCUUCUUCCAGGUGUUUGCCCGCAUGCACCCCCGGACACAAGUGCCUGUGGUGAGCCUCCUGGUGUUUGGGGUCCUCAUGGCUUUCCUGGCGCUGCUGCUGGACCUCCAGGCACUGUUCCAGUUCCUAUCCAUCGGAACACUGCUGGAACUCACUGUCCUGACUACCAGCAUUAUUGUGAUACGCUUCCAAAAACCCCGUCCAUUCAGUUCUCAGGGCCCAGGAAGCCCUGUGGACACCGAACAGGCCUCAGUCCCUGAGCCUGGGCAGCUGAAACCAGCCCUGAGGCCCUACCUCCGCUUCCUGGGUGGGUGCAGGCCUGGAGCCGCCGUGACUUGGGCGCUCGGUGUCCUGGUGGCCUCGGCCAUCACCCUGGACUGCGUGCUGGUCUUCGGGGACUCGGCCCUGCACCUCCCGCCCUGGGGCUACACCCUGCUGCUCCUGCUCAGCUCCGCCACGUUUCUGCUCAGUCUCCUUGUCCUGGGGGCCCACCAGCAACAGCGUCAGCAGGACACCUUUCAGGUUCCCAUGGUGCCCCUGACUCCUGCCCUGAGCAUCCUCCUCAACAUCUUCCUCAUGCUGCACCUCAGCCACCUGGCCUGGCUGGGCUUCUUCAUCUCUCUGCUGAUUGGACUCACAGUGUAUUUUGGCUACGGCAUCUGGCACAGCAAGGAGAACCAGCGGGAGCGGCCAGUGACCGUCCCACACAGCAGCCUGGAGGAGACGGUGCAGGCCCUGCAGCCCCCAGCUACACCAGCUGAGGAGCCUGGUCACACGGAGCAGCCCGCCAGUCCAUGA